GCGUGGUCGACAGCAACCAUUGACAGCAAUUGAACACUCUAACUAUUGUAAGAUGGACGCCACUAAGCCAAAGGAUAAAAACAAAGAGAGAAGUGAUACAUCAGACACAUUGAAGAAGAAAAAAGAUGAGCCAUCAGCACACUGCAGUACCAAAUGGAAAACUGACACACAAAAAAGGCCAUUCGAUGACAAGUCGGUUCUUGGCUAUCUACAUAAUACCUCGCCGGUGAAACGUUCGAAAGCAAAUAACCCUUACUUCGAUGCUGAACUCCAGACUGGACCUUCCCAAUACUCACGUGUUGUGUGCUUUAACAAACACCACCACCAAUUCUUCAAGGAGUCUGAAGAAAAACGAAGCCCAAUCAAGCUCAUGGAUAUUGUCACUGCACCAAACUGGCAGGAUAAAAGUAAAACUGAUAUCAAGGUUACGAAAGAUACAACCCUAGAAGCAAACAAGAAAACUCUCGCUUUUAAACCACAGCAGCCACCAGUGAUACAACCGAUAACAACUACAGUUACAGAAUUUGUCCGAAAUAUCCCAUCAACAGAAAAAAAAAAGAUCAAUCUCACAGCUUAUGUCAGCGGUGUCGUCGAAGAGGAAUGUGAAAUAACAUUGAGCUACCGCUCAGAACCCACAAAGAAUAAAGUGUACGCUAUUGCGGACGAGAACACUUCCACGAAACUUACUGCAUGGGCAACGAUUAUCGACAGCAUCCAAGUACACAAUACUUACAAGUUCGAAAACCUGUCGGUGUCUAACUUUAACAUCAAACACUUGCAAACCACCUUCUCCACUAUCGUUACGAAGACCAACAGCAUGGAUAACCCAUGUUUGGACUUGCCAACUACCGAAGAAUUGACAGAACUCACUCAAGCAAAGUGUGAAACAGUACAGUCCGAAAUCGUAAUUUCCUGCAACAGCUGCCAAGCCAGUAUUGAUAUUGAUGACCUGUAUGAUGAUAUGUACAAAUGUAACAGCUGUGGGAUGCGUCAGUUAUCCAAUUCAGUAAUCAAACAAGUAAAAGUUAAACUCAAUUUAUCUGACCAUGGUGUAAAAUACCGUAUCAAUGCCCGCAACCCAGCAUUGUCUGAUUUCAUGAAAUUUCACCAGGCCCCAAUGGACACAACAGAAGAAAUUGACGGAUUCUUCCUCCGAGCUGAGCCCUUCGGGGUAAAAUUCAACACCAAUCUCAUGGCAGUAUCAUUCAGCACAGAGUCUUAAAUCACUUGAAACUUUAAUCACUUGCUAAAAACAAGUCUCCCACUGCCAACUUGAAUACACGGUGACCAGAAACAAUUGCAACCCAUAAAGGUACUUGUCACAUCCACUCCUGAAAAGGUACAUAUGCUUCAUAUUUCAUCUAUAUUGAGCCGCGAUGACAAUACUCUCCUGAAAGUUUCAAUUCCAUCAGUUCAACGGUCUUGUCUGGUCACCCUGUACUUAUGUAGUAUCAUUACAAGUUUAACCAAGUUAACUUCUAUACUUGAUUCAUGAGUAUUAAGUUAUGUCAAUCAUUCAUGUUCGUUUACCCUGUAUUGUUCAAACUUUGUAAAGUCUUGUGUGUUAGUAAAAAGACACCACUUCCUACAUUAUUUCUGUUAAUAAUUUUACUAGUAUUUUUGUUUCUUAAUCAAUAUUUCUAUAUGU